AUGAGAGCACUACUUGAUAUACCCGCACCACAUGAUACAUUAGAAAGUUUGAGAACAUUUCAUGACAAAUCAGAAGCUUACAUACGGGGUCUAGAGUCUCUUGGUCAAUGUCAGAACUCGUACUCAAAUAAACAUCAUAUUGAAACUGAACAAUCGCAAAAUAAAGUAGACACAGAAACUUCUAUGUUGUAUACCGCUAGCGAAGAAAGGUCCACUGUUUUACUGAAAACCGCAUUCAUUCCAGUCGUUCACAAAAAUACAUGUAUAGAUGCAAGAAUACUCUUUGACGAGGGAGCUCAGCGCUCAUUUAUAACCGAAGAACUAGCAGCUAAAUUGGACAUUACAAAAGAAGGUUCUGAAACAUUAAGUAUAGCUACAUUUGGAAGUACUACGAAAAAGGUGAGAAAUCUUGACAAAACAACAAUUAAUCUUAAGUCUACCGAAGGAGAAUUAAUUCCUAUUAAAGUUUUAAUUGUACCAACCAUUGCUUCACCACUUCAAACUCACAACAUAGGAAUAACGCAGAAGUUUUCAUACUUACGUGGUCUACAAUUAGCACACCCAGUCAUGGAAGGAGAGCAAUUUGAAAUAUCCUUAUUAAUUGGAGGUGAUUUUUACUGGGACAUAGUUCAAGAUAAAAUAGUGCGUGGAAACGGUCCAACCGCAGUUAGCUCGAAAAUUGGAUAUUUACUUUCCGGUCCAGUCCCUACACGAACCAGCAAUGCAUCUUUCUCAAUGAUGAAUAUACUAGUAUGUCACAAACAAGGGGAGUGCGAUCUUGAAAAAUUUUGGAAGCUUGAAUCGUUGGGAAUUGACGCUAAGGAACAAAAUGAUCCAGACCUAGCUGAAUCAAUUGAGAAUAACUUACAAACCUCUAUUACGAAGAAAAAUGAUAAGUAUAUUACGAAAUUACCAUGGAGAGAGAAUGCGCCAGAACUACCGACAAAUGAAAACAUCGCAAAACGCAGAACGGAAAGCGUUAUUCGUCGCCUUAAGAAGGACCCCGAGAUGUUCCGAAAGUAUAGUGAGAUAAUUACAGACCAAGAACAAAGAGGAUUCAUUGAAAAGGUAUGUGAUGAAAGUACAUGCACAAACAAGAUUCAGUAUACAUUCCGCAUCAUCCAGUAA